AUACCAAUGCCCAAUAACAACUGUAAAAGAAGCAACCCCAGAAAAUUGUUUUCAGUUGGUAAGCGAAACCUUGAGGACUAGUCGGGGAAUUCCGCUACUCGCCGAGGUACGAUGAGGGUCAUUCUUCUUCUAGCGAUUGUCAUCGCCGUUGUGUCGGCAGUGAAGCGAUACGAUGGGUACAAGGUUCUGAGGGUCACUCCGAACGAUGAGUCGGAUCUGGCAUGGCUAAAAAAUCUGGAGUUUCAAUCGCGGGUAGAGAUCUGGAACUCCCUGCGCAGGUUCAACCACCCCGUGGACAUCAUGGUGUCGCCGGAGACCGAGGGCCUAGUCACUGGUUUCCUAGCGGGGAGAGGGAUGGACUACACCGUCAUGAUCGACGAUGUGCAGGCCAAGCUGGACGGACAGACGCUGGCCAAGCCACCCUCGGGCGGACAGAUUGCCGCUCUGGGGGAUUUCCAGUACGAUGUAUACCAUACUUAUGACGAGAUAAAGCAGUGGAUAGAUGACAUGGCGGCCGAGCACAGCACUGUCGUGACCAAGUUUCCUUUGACAACUUCCUACGAGAGCCGCGAGAUCAACGGUAUCAUCCUUUCUACCGGAGCUGACCCAAAAAAGCCUAUCGUGUGGUUCGAAGGUGGCAUUCACGCACGGGAGUGGAUAUCGCCCGCUACGGUCAUGUUCAUUUCCAAAUCGCUUGUGGAGGACUACAAGAGCGGCGUCCAACCCGUAGUCGACAUUCUAAACGGGUUUGAUAUUCACAUUGUACCUUCCCUCAACGUCGACGGGUUUGUGUACACUCAUACGGACGAUCGUUUGUGGAGAAAGACGCGGAGUGAUCUAAUGCCAAACUUUGGGUGCAUUGGUGCAGACCCUAACAGAAACUGGCCCUACGAGUGGGGAGGGAGUGGUGCGAGCCCGUGGCCCUGUACCAAUACGUUCCGUGGUCCUAACCCACUGUCUGAGGUUGAGAUCAAAGGCGUUGUGGAUUACCUGACUGGACUGAAGAAUUCUGGGCGUCAAAUCAAAAUGUUCAUCGAUUGGCACAGCUACUCGCAGCUAUGGCUUGCUCCCUGGUCGUUUUCCUCGACCGAACCUUACCCGCCAGACUACUUUGAUCAGGACAACCUUGCUGGUGCUGCCAUUACUGCCUUAGAGAGUAAGCAUGGAACCAAAUAUCGCAAAGGAGCAUCGGCGCGUCUCCUCUAUGAAGCCGCCGGCGCGAGCUGCGACUGGGCCUACGGCACACUGGGAGCCAAAUACUCGUACGUGGUGGAGCUGAGAGACACCGGGAACUACGGCUUCGUCUUGCCCGCCGAGCAGAUCAUACCUACCGGGGAGGAAUCUUACGAGGGGAUCGUGGCCGGGUUGGAAUACGCCUUGAAUAAUUAAUGGCGGAGUUAUUAUCAGAAGGAGAGGGUACUAUGACGACGACAUAACGACGAUGAUUUAAGGUUGUUUAAAAGCUGGGCUACCCAAUGCUCUUCAAAAUAUUCGGUUUUUUUUCUAUAAUGAAAUUUAAGAUAUACCAUUUUGAAAAACAUUUUGCGCCACAAUAACAAAGACGUCGAUGCACGCGCAUCGACAACAUUGACGAUGACAGAGUGGACGUUUUAGGAUCAGUGAAUGCUGAGGAGGAAACGUACAGAUGAAACCAAAGGGAAGAUUGACUACAAGGACGUGGAAAAAACUUGAAGGGUCCUUAGUUUACGGUGAAGACUUUGUAAUUUUCAUGAUAAAGCAAAAUAUUGGUGUUGGUUUUGGUAUUGGUACUAAACAUGGUGAUUGAGGUGAUGACAGAUGAUCACCAUGGUAACAGAAAUGUGUAGGGAUGGGUGAAGAUGGGCUUUAGAGACUCCGUGCACGGCUAAUAGAGAUAUCAAAGGACUAUUCCGAAGACAUGCAGGUGACCGACAUUCAACGAUAUUCGCCGCGUCACGGCAACCAGCGGCCACGUAAGGUUUUACGCCAGUAAAGCCAGGCCCUAAAUUUCAUACCUAGAUUUGAAUGCCCUCUAUUUCUUUUGCUAUUAGAGUAGUUUGUGGGCCUUGAACUUGAGGGUUUGUAAAAAAAAAAAAGAAGGAAAACCAUGCACAGGACUGAUAGCUUGUAUUUCUG